UGGCAUCAUCCAAAAUUCAUUUCUGAUUUGAUGUUUAUUUUUACUUCACAAGCUUAUUGCCAGCUGUAAGUUUGUGAGUCUUGAACACACGAAUCCAAAUCUAGUCAAGACUCGCAGCUCUGCGAUCACUGGAACACUUAAUGAGAUGACUUAAAAGUUGUAGUACUGACGUUUCCCUUUGUUCUGUGCACCUGCAUGUUCAGUUAAGGCUGGAGUUACACCAAUGCAAAUAGGCAAAAUAACACAAAUUAGGGAGGUGAGUCGAUUACAUAAAAUGAAAUGGGAGGCUUUGUAAUGAAACUCCGUUUAAUGGAAAAUGUAAUUAUUUGACACAAUAAGCUUUGACGUGGGUGAGUGUGCGUGUGUGCAUGAAUUGGUGCAACUUUGUGUGCGUGUGUCAGUAUUUGCAAAUGAGUGUACGUGUAUUGUGUGUGUGACUCAUUGAGUGAAUGUGUGCAUGCGCGUGAGUGUGAGAGUGAGCGAGCGAGGAAGCGUGUGAAGAGCUCAUGAGCGUGUGUGCGUGCGUGUGGCCAAGAGACAGAUGUGAUUAGCUAAUGCUGUCAAAGAGCAUGGGCAGGGCAGGGCGAAAAGAGCCAAUGACAUCAUCUGCAGAAAGAGAACGAGGGAGGGAGAGCACCCGACGCAAUACAAGAUUGCCGGCCCAGGGCAGUGUGAGGAAGGAGGGCGGCUGCUCAUACACACACAGGACCAAGGAGCGGCGUGACAUCGGCGAGGUGGAUCCUCCGGGCAUGCUCCUUAAGCCAAAGUAUGACCGCUUUCGCAACGAGUCCGUGACUUCCUCCUCCGAUGACCUGAUGCAGAGCUUAGCCAUGAGCGGCAAAGUUGUGGCCACCCCGGUGGUGCCAUCCUCAGCCCGCGGCCUCCCCCUGCCCCCCUUGGACUCCGGCGCAAGGUCCUCUGGAGCCGCGGCUCUGGCAGACUCACCCUGCCUGGAUGGGGACCAGGAUGGCACCACCACCUUCUGCAUGCUCAUCCCCAAGAUGCCGCAGUGGAAGUUCUCCAACUCCUUGCUCAGCCGAAGUGACAUCAACUCCAGCUCCAGCUCCAGCUCCAGCUCCAGCAAGGACUCAAGCAAAGCUGCCCACCAAGGGUCCCCUUCCUCGUCCUCCUCUUCGUCGACGUCGCAGAGGCACAGCGGAGCGCCGCCGGCCAGCGGCCCCGUGGCCAGUCUGGCUGCUGUGCUCAACUCCUGUGACCCGGUGUGUGUCACCCCGUGUUCUCUGCAGGCCAUUCGGGGGCAGAGAGCGGCGGCACAGUCCGGCCACGGGUUGGGGGAGGUCACGGCGAGCCCCGGGGGUUCCGGCGGUGGAAGUUCCAGAUCAGGAAUGAGUCGUAGGAUGAGGGUGGAGGGCAUAUGGCAGAGCGGGGAGGAUUUCAGCCAGAAAGGCAGCUUCAUCCACAAGCCUUCCCAAGGAUGGCUGCACCCGGACAAGAAGAUUGCAGGACCGGGAGCCUCCUAUAUCGUCAGGUACAUGGGCUGCAUUGAAGUGCUGAAGUCAAUGCGCUCCCUGGACUUCAAUACGCGGACUCAGGUGACAAGGGAGGCCAUCAACAGGCUCUGUGACGCCGUGCCGGGUGGAAAAGGCGCAUGGAGGAAGAAGGCUGUGAACAAAGCGCUUCAGUCCAUCAUGGGGAAGAGCAACCUACGCUUUGCCGGCAUGAGCAUCGCGGUCAACGUUUCCAUAGACGGACUGGGACUGCUCAUUCCUACCACGCGACAGAUGUUAGCCCACCACCCCAUGCAGUCCAUCUCAUUCGCCUCCGGCGGGGACACGGACGCACCCGAUUAUGUUGCGUACGUGGCAAAAGACCCGGUGAAUCAGAGAGCGUGUCAUAUUCUGGAGUGCUCGGACGGUUUGGCCCAGAAUGUCAUCAGUACCAUCGGCCAAGCCUUCGAGUUGCAGUUUAAACAGUAUCUGCACAGUCCACCCAAGACUCUGACGUCUUUGGACAGAUCCUUCCGGACAGAAGAGCCCGUGUGGGGCGACGACGACGACUUCUCAGAGCAUGACUACUACAACAGCAUCCCGGGCAAGGAGCCUCCCGUCGGUGGGGUGGUGGACUCCAGACUGCGGCCCAGUAAAUCUCAGCUAGCUCACAUCCACGCACAGCCGCAAAGCAGGGCAUCACAAUUGAUGGGCUCACCAGCAAAAAGGGAGCAAGCGACUCUCCAUGCAAGCGAGCUCUGCUAUGAACUUCAGUGGGACGUUGAUGCGAGCAGUGGCUCAGAUGGUUACCUGUGCGCUGAUGGCCAGCCGCCUGGCAAUAAAGACUACGAGGAGCACCAGUACGUGAACACGCAGAGUUUGGAGAACUUGGAUUCUCUGGCUCACGGCCCCGAUGGAGGACAGAGAGGGGCCAAGGGGCCCGACAGUCCGAAGAAGGACCUCUUUGACAUGAGGCCUUUUGAGGACGCCCUAAGACUGCACGAGGCCAGCGGUGUCACUGCGGCCGACGGCAGAGGCGUGCCGCUGCUGGAAGACCAGUGGCCCAGUCCUCCGCGGCGUCGGGCCCCCGUUGCCCCGAAUGAGGAGCAACUUCGGCGGGAGACCUGGUACCACAGCCGCAUGAGCCGGCGGGAUGCCGAGAAGCUGCUUGUCCGAGACGGUGACUUCCUCGUGCGGGAAAGCACCACCAACCAAGGCCAAUACGUGCUGACGGGCAUGCACUGCGGCCUGCCAAAACAUCUGCUUCUCGUAGAUCCUGAGGGAGUGGUCCGGACUAAAGACAUGUUAUUUGAGAGCAUCAGCCACCUUAUCGCGUACCACCUGAAGAACGAGCUGCCUAUCGUGGCGGCCGAGAGCGAGCUCCACCUCAAGCAGGUGGUCAGGAGGAAACAAUGAGCCAUUUGCCCACCUUUUCCCUCAUUGGGACGUGCAAACCAAAUAAGGGGGCUGCUUAUUCCAAGGGGACACUUGUGUGACUAAAUGACAGAAAAGGAGAGAGAGAGGUCGUCGCCUUUUUGGAUAUUCAUGUCGUCAAAACUGUCCCUGGCCAGCAUGCAGCUGUUCAGCUAAACAGAGGACCUCCAGGAUUUCCAUGUCUGUUUUACAGUCACCGCCCGCGCUUGGCAAUGACUUACCUCUCAACCAGUUCGUUGCACACAUAGUUGCAAACUUAAUUCAUAUGAGUGACUCUGUUGGAGGAACAAAACAAAACAAAAAAAAACAAAAGACUGCGAGAACUGUUUGUAUAUGUCCCUGCUAACCAAAAGCACCAAAGCUGCAAUGAUGCACUGUCAACGGGAUUCACUAUAUCUUAAUGGGUCAUUUUGUGUGUUUUAUUACAAAUGGCGUAUACUCACCGGCCACUUUAUCGUCACCGUUAUGUAUUCAAUGCGAGAAAAAAAAGGGUCCGAUAUAGCAGUUUUCCCCACCGAACCUCGGCCCGUUAAGGACCGGGCCACAAAGAGACAGAACGGCGAGUUUUCAGCAAAUUUUCUCCAUCAGACGUGACGUAGAAAAGUGCGCGACUCUAGCCAAUCGUAGUCCUUCUUUUAACCUUGGUUGUAAAUUUGAAAUCAACAGAAUUUGCCAAUAAAUGAAAGAAGAAGCGGUACAGAGAAUGUAAUAGCAACAAAUUGACCAAAGCUGUACUGAGAAAGUAAUAGCAACAAAUUGAGCAAACGAACAUCUUAUCGCGCAGCUGAUGGGCAGCCUUGACUUCCGAAGAUGAAGCUAUUUUGACAAGAGAUGUUCCUCCACCCGCGGUAUCACCAGAGGGACGUGAAAGGAGGACGUUGUCGUGCAUGCUCCGUCAAAAACACGACGAUACACGAAACCUGUCGAAUUAUUUGAACAAGUAGCACCCAGGUGAUCAAGUGGAAAGCAUGAAAAAAAUCGGAGAAGUUUGCACAAUAAACAUUACCAAUUUGGUCGCUAAGAACUAUCCGGCAGCCAACGGAUGAAACCAGCAAUCAGUCGUGUCCCAUUUUACAAGUAGCAAUGAAGCUAACGCCGUAUGUAGGAUCGUAAUUUUAAAAUUAUGUUUUCAUUUUAAGACGUUUUUAUUAUUCCUGAUUGCUCCAUUUCGUAGUGAAUUACCGUGUUAUAUUUUGAAUUACUCAAUAAUUAUCGUUGUCAGUAGCAGUGCUUUCAAACUGGCAAUUUAAAAGCGAUGAAAAAAAUGGUUGCCGGUCCGCGAACUCAACCUGUCGUGGCACAAAAAUGGUUGGGGACCACUACAAUAAAGGACUGUGCAGUACUGGAAUACAGUCUAUACCGAGGGAAUAAUGCACAGUUUUAUUCAAUAAUGUGUUUAUUAUUGUGGUUGCAGUGAAAUUCGAUACUAUCAAAAGUAUUUCAACCUUUCAUGCACCCUGUAACCUGGUAACAUGAAAAGCUGUCCACUGUAGUAACGCUGUCCCUGAAAGGGUUAAGAAAACUUAAGUUCAUUGGACAUCAUUAAUACAAAUGUAGGUACCCCAUUGAGGAUCAUCUUAAUCUACCCGAAUAUUAUCCAUGUCUGAAGGAAUUCUAAUUAGCAUUUACACGAUAAGCAAUCACCGGACCAAUCAGAUUUGCCAAUCUAUACACGGAAAAUGGGAUGUGUUUCAGUUGGACACCGCAGUUAAUAAACAUGAAAUGUGUCUCUCUUGAACUCCAAACUGAGCAUUAUCAUUCUUGUGAAAGCAAGUCAACAGGAUCUCCUUAAAUGGUUAUAGGUGUGUCAAAUCAAAUCACCAGUGAGCACAUUAAGAACCUUACCCCUGCUUCCCCCCAACCUGUCCAACUUCAGUGCCUUAAUAACCACGCGGGGCAAACAUUUAGUGUCCAGGAUGUGCGUGGGUGUCCUUGUUGCGAACUGACUCUUUUCCGCAAUGCCAAUGAAUGACCUUACAAACUUAAAGAUGAUUCUGCUUGUGUACUUGUAAACAGGAAUGUAAGCUGCUCAUUUUAAGGUCAAUAUAGAAUAAUAAUUAUAAUAAUAUCUGAAUGAUGGCUUGUGUUUGUUUGUGCCCACAGUUGCUAACUCCCUUUAGGGUCCAGUCAUACAAACAUGGAUUACGUGACAUGUUUUCUUUAUUUAAACAUGUUUUUGUGGUCAAUCUUUGAAUGGCAGUUUGGUGUUGCCGCUCUUGAGUGGUCGCUAUUGAGAUAUGAGGAUGACUUUCUGCUGCUCCUGUCUGUAAUUUCAGUGAAUGCACCGCCUUGAACAGCCUUAUCGCAACUCUCAUUUUUCUUUCUUUCUCAGGAAUUUCUCAUCUGCGCUUCAUUUACAACAUUGCUCACAGUAAGGGAAAACAUUUUACUGGUACUCUCAAGGUGUUAAGCGAGUUCCGCACAAACCGAUAAUUGGGAUGAAUUUGAGCUUUUUCCUUUCUUUCUGAUCAAAAUCAGCAACGGCCCGAUUAUGGGAUUUCUCUGAAAGAUGAUUCUGAGCGCUUAAUCCUGUGGUGAGCGGUACAUUGAAAACGCUGUUUUUCUCUGGUAAUCAAUGAAGGCCUUUUAUUUUCCUUUACAUAUUUUCGAUACCGAUUUCAAAAAUGUCUUUACUUUUUCUCUAGCACAUCAGGUUUUUUUUUUUUUUUUUUUAGCUUUGACGUAUAAAAACUUGCGCAAUACAGAUUUUACUAUGCAUUGGAAUUUAUGGCUAUGACUUUUGAGUAAUAAAAUCACACCAUUUGCUGAACCUUGCCCUUAAUUCAUAAAUAUUAUUAUUAUUAAUGAAAACCUGAUGUGAAAGAGAGAAAACUAGGCCAAAUUCGGAAUCAGCACACACACAAUAAAAAAAUUAACUACAAAGGUUUGUUUGCAUCUCUGAUUAAAAGAAAAAAAAGUGUUGACAAUAACCAUACUACAGCAAUCCCUACACAUUCGUGGCUCACGAGUUCUGAAUUCACUUUGGUUUUAAAAAGACAGUUGAUACCUCAAAGAAGUUGAAGUGAUACAUCGCAUUAAAGAGACAAGCUUUGUAUGUUUGGGAGGAGCCAAGUUUAGCCUGGGUUGUACCAGAGAACGCAAAAGCCAUUUAAUGCAUUUUCAGGGGUAAUGUUGUAAAAUGAGUUUGACAUGAUAUUAAACUUUUUUUGGAAUCAUACUAUGUUGUAUAGUUGAACUAUUCAUAUUUCAUCUUUGUAUUUUUUUGGGCAGUUUGUAGUAUGCCCUCUGUUGCACGCACAAUACACUUGCCUUUUUUCUUUCGUCUUUGGGUGUUCUCACAUUUAAAAAAAAAAACUGUUGAAUGUAAAAACUGCGUAGAAUCACAUGUCAGUAUCUCGCUCACAGCGACACUGCGAUUAAGUCCAGCAGUCUUGUAAAUAUGGUGACAUAAAGGUGAAGCUUUUGGAGAGAAAAAACAAAACAUAACAGGAAGUUGAACCAAGGAACAGGAAGUGGGGAGGAGAUAACAGGUGAAACCCCUGACAG